CCUGAUUGUGACUGAUGGCCAAAUACAGAUUUGCAGAUAUAAUAAACUCACUCACAAAACCCUCAUUUAUUUCUGUUGGAAUUGGCCAGAAACUCACAGGUCAGGCCACUGACACUAAAUGAAUGAGGGGUGAUUCUUUGUGUUCUGUCACCCACCUGCCCACCAGGUGCUCCCCAGAUAACACAGGAUGGCACGUCGUCCACGUAACAGCCGUGCCUGGCGUUUCGUUCUUAGUGGUGUGCGCAGGGAUCAGGAUGCCCGCUCUCCAACCUUACCAGCAGAGGAGGAAGCAUGGGGUUAUGACUCUGAUGGUCAGCACAGUAACAGUGACUCUGACACAGACCUGCUUCACUUGCCCCCCUCCAUCCCUAGCGCUGUGCCUGUGACGGGAGAGUCGUACUGCGAUUGCGACAGUCAGAAUGAUCCCUAUUGCUCCAGCCUGCACACUUUCCAUCAGAUCAAGAGCUGCCAGUGUGGAGAGGAAGACAACUACUUCGACUGGGUGUGGGAUGAUUGCAGUAAAUCCACGGCGACCGUACUGAGUUGUGACAACCGGAAGGUCAGUUUCCACAUGGAGUACAGCUGCGGCACCGCGGCCAUACGCGGCAACAGAAUGCUCACCGAAGGGCAGCACUUCUGGGAGAUCAAGAUGACAUCCCCAGUCUAUGGCACAGAUAUGAUGGUUGGCAUUGGGACUUCCGAUGUGAACCUAGAUAAAUAUCGUCACACGUUUUGCAGCCUUUUGGGCAAGGAUGCAGAGAGCUGGGGACUCUCUUACACAGGCCUUCUCCAGCACAAGGGAGACAAAAGCAACUUCUCCUCACGCUUUGGCCAAGGCUCCAUUAUUGGAGUGCACCUGGACACAUGGCAUGGAGUGUUAACUUUCUAUAAAAACAGGAAAUGCAUCGGUGUCGCGGCCACACAACUGAGGAACAAAAAGCUCUUCCCUAUGGUCUGUUCCACAGCAGCUAAGAGCAGCAUGAAGGUGAUUCGCUCCUGCUGCUGCCGCACCUCGCUCCAGUACCUCUGCUGCGCCCGCCUGCGCCAGUUGCUUCCAGACUCUGUGGACUCUCUGGAGGUCCUUCCCCUCCCUCCUGGUCUCAAACAAGUGCUGGGUAAUAAGCUGGGAUGGGUUCUGCAAAUGGGUUCAAACCGCUCCAACCAACACAAAGGCGACACCUCAGCGACCACCUCCUGUGGGAGCGACUCAGACAGCAGCUGCACACCCGGACAGGACGACUGUCAGCGCAAGCGAUGCCGCAGGAUUUAAGCGGGAGGGAGUUCUGUCGCGACUCUCCACCCGGCAGGCCGAACAUCUCACUGUGAACAUUACGAUGGACAAACGAAAGUCCCUUGUACCUCGUUACUAGGGAGUGAAAUUAAAACAAUGGGAAUGCAGGAAAUGGGUUUCCAUUUCGCUUAUUUGUUAUUCUUUGAAUGACUGAGAAUAAUGGUGCUUAAGUAUUUCUGCUCACCCAAAGUUUGGUCUCAGCUGAUGUUUUAAGAGGCGACAGUCCUAACGAUUGUGAUGCACAGAACUAUCCUCAUUCUGAACUCUAGGGCAACAACAGGAAGUGCCCUUUUGUGUUUCCCAUGCAAACCAUUAAACUGACAGCUCACAAGGGUGGAAUUGUUCUUAAGGAGUGAACUGGGCCAGCCCGGAAAGAUCCACACAUGUGAUUAUUACCUUUUAUAGAUGGUAUCACUGAAACAGAAUAAGUACCCGCCACGGUUUUUAUUUUAUUUUUGUUCAACGGUUACCCUUUUAUAAUGCGUCUGACUCUGUGGAACAUUCAGGGGGCAGUGAACGGUAACCUGUGACACAGAUUUGGGCCGACUGACACCCAACAACAUCGGUUGUGUGAAAAUGCAGAGAUGUAGCCGCGGGUGAUGUGCCACAGGUUAGGCAUCGCUGCCUUCAAAGAUUCAUUUUCUUCCUGUUACUGGCCAUCUCCAUACAGGAAACAUCUGUCUUGCAACAAUGUAAUAUAAUGUAUUCCUAAUAGACCUGAACUAUAGAGGCAAAGCCAGCUAAAACCUGCAGCCCAUUGAUGGGGAAUAAGCCUCCUUUAUAGCACGGUGUAGGAGCAUAUUUGGGAGUCAAAUGCCACUUAUGCAUAUGCAUAGUUAUGCACUUAAAAAUGGUGGCAUCGAGUCCCACAAGAUAUUGUGCCUAUGCUCCAUACAAUAAAGAAGGGGGUUUGUUCUCUAUUGAUGCUCUCCUGUGGGACAGUCCUGGUUUCUUGUUUGUUACACUACUCCCAUCAUCCCAAUUGUGAUAUACUGUGAUUGGAGCAUAGCUGGCGUCUGGGAGGGCUGGAACAUUUCUGGCUGGAACAGCAUUUUAGGGAGGGACUGUGAGAUCCAUGUAACCCCAAGCCUCACUAUAGCUCCCACAUGGGAAUGCUGAGUGAUUGGGCUCCCCUUGUUUUUGUUGACCCCCAUGUGCUUUAGCACCACACUUUUUUUUAAAGGCAUGUUUCGUAAGAAGCCAGAGUAGAGUCAUAUUGUGAGCAGAUAAGGUAAGUGUGCUUUAAAUACCUACUGACCAUGCAUUUUACUGCAUGACACACAUGAUGACUUCUGCCAGCUCAAAUUUAGCUUAUUAUAGACUUUUUAUUUUAGGGAAGAAGCCUGUCUCUAAAAAUAUCUGACUUCCUUCAGAUGCUCUGCUGGGGACUAACCAGGGGAGGAUUAAGUAAAAGCUGGGGCCCUGAGCUGUUCUUAGGAUAAGGGCCCCACAGGGAAAGCACAGGCAACUCCACCAUGCUGUUCUUUUUUGGCUACUCUGUUCUCUUUUAAAUGGUUUACACCCACAUUCUGUCGGCUCUCUAACGUGCAAUGCUGCUGUAGUAUGUGAAGUGAAAGUAGGCACUCAUUCCUAAAGUAGAGCAGGAACUUUGCCCCAUCUAUGUGAUAGCAGCGGACUGACAGAAGGCAGGCAGACCCCCACUUUGUUUUAGGCUGUCGCCACCUACAGGAAGUUGGUAGAAGCGAUAAUGUUCCAGCAAAAGGGGCUUGGUAAUGUCACAGGACGCAGAGUCUUCAGCAUCCAUACCACCCUAAUGGGGUGUCCCUUAGGCAGUUUGGGAGUCAGGGUGGUCUUAGGGUCACUCUAGUGGCCCUUAUGGUAAACCACUAUUGGGCCCAACAAAAAAUAGCCUAAAUAUAGGGACCACGAACCAUGUUGCUUUUAGAAACGGUGUGUAUAUGGGGACGGGUUUUCCGGGUUUCUCGUUCUGGCCUUCUUAUUCAUGUGCUGUAAUUGCUACCAUGACCCAUUGAUUAUAGGUGGGCCCUUGCUAUUUUACAUUUUGCUAAAUCUAAUAAGCUGUGUCAAAUGAUCAGUCCUGUUGAGACAAUUGGCCUGUAUCAAAUCAUCUUUGUAUUUCAAUAUCAGCCCCUCCUGUGCUCCUAAAUGCGGCCCCCAGUGAUGCAGGCAGUGUGUCCUGAACUACAAACUAUUUGCUCAGGAAACAAUGUUCUUGAUGGAGAGAGCUGUAUACCAGAGGUAUGAGUGUUUGUGUGACCUUUGAUACCUGGAAAUGGUGCUCUAAAUAUGAGACUUAGUAAUGAUAUCCUGGUGGCUCAGCUCCCCUGCUACUCACAAGCGGCUUAUGGCAAUGCUGAUGAAUCUAAACAGAUUGACUGCCAUCUUUCUGGAUUGCAGGACUGAUUUCAUUUUCAUGCACAGUAUUUGUGUAGACAUGGGGAAUAGACAACAGGCAUCUCCCUAGUUCCAUCUAAGCUACCACUCCCAGUAACCCCUGCCAGGCCACUGGAAACUAGUUCUGUAGCAGUUGGAGGCCUCUUUGUGAGCCUUUAUUGGGUAAGGGAAAAACCAGCUUUGCUCAUAUGCUGAGCAUAUUCCAGAGAGGUCCCCAAGGCCAUGUGUUGGAAAUGACAGAAAAUGAAUGAUACCAAAGUAAUCAGAAUGCUCUGGAAGAGAAUGAAAUUGUAAAUGGGCAGAUCUACCUUACCAGAAGACCAGUAUUUACAGAGAUUAUAUACAAUGUAAUUGACAGUUGGCACACAAGGGAAUCAUGAAGGUUUUGUAAAACCAUACCCAGCAAUUUGGGACCCUAAAUGUUGCUUUAUUGUACCGGGCCCCAGAAAUGACAGCUAGUACCUAUUGCAAAAGUGUUUUAGACCCUUUUUUCUUAACCUUGGGUCCCCAGCUGUUGCUGACUACAACCCCCAUCAUGCUUUAGUCCCUGAAUGAAUGUUGAAGAAUGCAAGAAGUUGUAGACUGGGACAACAGAAAAAGGCCAUGGUGCUAUACAUGGAAUUGUAUGGCAACAUUAUUGAACAUUCUACUUGGAAAAUGUUGGCCAGCACUGAUUUAUACCAUAGGUAUACAGCAAAUCCAUUCUGUUGCAAACAAUACAGCCUAAAUUUACUGUGCUGAAAUCCUCUUCCUGUGCCCUCCGACACUGGCUCACUUGGUUAUAGAAUGACACACAUUGAAUUGACACGCCUGUAAAAUGUAAUUGAAAAACUGUAAAGCUUGACUGUUUUCUUAAUUUGCUUUUAUAUUUUAUUUGCAAUAUAUAAUGUUUCUCAAGGUUUACUCUUCUGUAUUCUAUAAAAAAAAAACAGUCUGUCUGAUUGAUGGAAGGUCUUAUAGCAGAAAACAAAUAGACAAGUGUUGUGUGUGUACAUAUAUAAAUAUAUCCCAAAACCGCA